CAGUGCAGGGAUACAGGGAUACAGUGUUUGCCAUGUCUAUACACAACUGCAACUUUAUUAUUUUAUGAUUUUUCUGUUUUCAUUUUUAUCUGCUUAUCUACACUUAAGUAAAAAGAUUUAAUAAGCAUCUGAACCAACACAUCACAAGAUGGAUAAGUUUCGUAUGAUGUUCCAGUUUCUCCAAUCCAAUCAGGAGUCUUUUAUGAAUGGUAUCUGUGGGAUUAUGGCACUAGCGAGUGCCCAGAUGUACUCUGCCUUUGAGUUCAGCUGCCCCUGUAUGCCAGAAUAUAAUUACACCUAUGGGAUCGGCCUGCUUAUUGUUCCUCCUAUAUGGUUCUUUUUGUUAGGUUUUGUAUUGAACAAUAAUGUGUCUGUACUAGCUGAGGAGUGGAAAAGACCAACUGGGAAACGAACGAAGGAUCCAGCAGUCCUGCGCUACAUGUUCUGCUCAAUCACACAGAGAUCCUUGAUUGCACCUGCAGUGUGGGUGUCUGUCACUCUCAUGGAUGGGAAGAGCUUCCUCUGUGCUUUCAGCGUCAGUUUGGAUAUUGAUAAGUUUGUAAAUCACAGCCUUAUUUCAGAGUUGUCGGAGACAGAGAAGAUUAAACUACUGGCAAAGAUUCCUUGCAAAGACCUGUUUGAGCAUCAUGACGUAAGAGUGGCAGCGUCAAGAUACAUCAAGUGUAUAUCACAGGCAUGCGGGUGGAUGUUUUUGCUCAUGAUGACCUUCACUGCUUUUCUGGUCCGAGCUAUUCGACCAUGCUUUACUCAAGCGGCCUUCCUCAAAACCAAGUACUGGUCUCAUUAUAUUGACAUUGAACGCAAGAUGUUCGAUGAAACCUGUAAGGAGCACGCUAAGAGCUUUGCUAAAGUUUGCAUCCACCAGUACUUUGAGAACAUCAGUGGAGAGAUGCGAAGCAUCCAUCACCAUGGCUCCAGCAAGGAUGACAGUGACGAUGACGAUGAAAACAAGAAGAAAAGUGAUGAAGAAAAGCUCCUGGGUAUCAGAGCCAAAGAUGACAUGAACAAGGUUUUGUGGAACUGGCAUGCCUGUAAGCCAGCUUUGGCUCUGAGAAAGGACCAAACUGAUGGAGAAUACAGUGACAAACUGAACGGAAAUAUAACCGGAGGAGUAAAUGGGUUUGCACAGGGACACACCCGUGAUGUGGAAAAAAAGCAAUGGGCAGUGUACUACAGUAAGGUCUGAAGAGUUCAAAGGCAAAGGACAGACUGGCAAGACAGCUGUCAGAUAAUCACUGUGUUUCAGAGCUGCAGCAAUUCUUUUAUUCCAGAAAGGUUUUUUAAAUAUAUAUUUUUAGAACCUGUUAGUUAGAAAUAUAGCUUUGUAUUCUCAUCCAGUUUUGUUUUUAUUUCAAUGCACAGAUCAUUUUCAGAAUAAAUAUUAGAAGUGCAAAAUGUACAGUCAUAUUAAAAUGUGUACAAUCUCUUGACAACAGGUGUAGAAUAAAAGAGCUCUACA